AUGAAGAACAAGGGAGACUACGACGAAAUCCACACAGUGGAGGACCCAUAUCAAGAUUCAGACUGUGGAGAGAGCUUCAGGCAGAGCUCCCAUUCCACUUCCCAUCAAAGAAAUCCACUUGAGACGAAACCCCAUCAGUGCUUGGAAUGUGGAAAGAGUUUCAGACACCGAGGCCAGCUUACUGUUCAUCAACUUAUUCAUACAGGGGAGAAACCCUAUAAAUGUUUGGAAUGUGGAAAGAGCUUCAUUAGGAGCAGCAAUCUCACUUCCCAUCAAAGAAUUCAUACAGGAGAGAAACCCUAUCAGUGCUUGGAAUGUGGAAAGAGCUUCAGUCACAGCCACCAACUAAGUGUCCAUCAAAAUAUUCAUACAGGGGAGAAACCCUAUAAAUGUUUGGAAUGUGAUAAGACAUUCACUCAGAGCUCCCAUCUCACAACUCAUCAAAGAAUUCAUACAGGGGAGAAACCCUACCAGUGCUUGGAAUGUGGAAAGAGGUUCCGUCAGAGAUACAAGCUUACUGUCCAUCAGAGAAUUCAUACAAGGGAAAAACCUUAUCAGUGCCAAGAUUGUGGGCAGAGCUUCAGAAAAAAGGACAGUUUCACUUCCCACCAAAGAAUUCAUACAGGGAGAAACCCUACCAGUGCCAGGAGUGUGGAAAGAGCUUCAGAACAAAGGAGACUUUCACUGUCCAUCAGAGAAGUCAUACAGGGGAGAAACCCUAUCAUUGCGUGGAAUGUGGAAAGAGCUUCAUUCACAAAGGCCAGUUCAUGGCCCAUCAAAUAAUUCAUACAACAGAGAAACCCUAUCAGUGCCAAGAAUGUGACAAGAGCUUCAGUCGAAGAGAGAGUUUCACUUCCCAUCAAAGAAUUCAUACAGGGGAGAAACCAUAUCAGUGCUUGGAAUGUGGAAAGAGAUUUAUUCUCAGAAGGCAGCUUACUGACCAUCAGAGAAUUCAUACAGGGGAGAAACCCUAUAAAUGUUUGGAAUGUGGAAAGAGCUUCAUUAAGAGCAGCAAUCUCACUUCCCAUAGAAUAAUUCAUACAGGAGAGAAACCUUAUCAGUGCUUGGAAUGUGGAAAGAGCUUCAGUCGAAAGGACAGUUUCACUUCCCAUCAAAGAGUUCAUACAGGGGAGAAACCUUAUCAGUGCUUGGAGUGUGGAAAGAGCUUCAGUCACAGCUACCAGCUAAGUGUCCAUCAAAUAAUUCAUACAGGGGAAGCCAUAUCAGUGCUUGGAAUGUGGAAAGAGAUUCACCCGGAGCACCAGUCUCACAACCCAUCACAGAAUUCAUACAGGGGAGAAAGACUAUCAGUGCUUGGAAUGUGGAAAGAGAUUUAUUCUCAGAAGGCAGCUUACUGA